AUGAUUAAAUCAAUAACAGAAAAUAUUUAUUUUCCUUUAAAUUUUGUAUCAAAACUGAUUGAACGUUUUCCAUCACUUCAUCACAUUGAACUUCAAGUUUUUUCAUUUGAUAAUUGUGUACAUCUUAUUGAGAGAUUUCUUACUCAUUUGACAAAUUUAUCUUAUCUUAAAAUUAAUUAUAAACAUGAUACAUUACUCGAUGAUCCUUUUACAUGUGAUUAUCUUAUUAAAAAACGUCGUCAAACAUUUCCUAAUCAUAUUUUCAAUGAACAAAGAAUUAAUGUUAAAAAUAAUGGAGAAACUAUAGAAAUUUGGUUAUCAUGA